AUGCCUUCAAUGCGAGUUGCCGUGUUCCUCCUGGCUCUUGUCUGCUCAGCCAUCGCCUUUCAAUGCUAUAAUGGAAUAACAACUUCAGACGGGAAUCCAAGUGCCAAAACCGAUUGUCUUUCGUACUGUACGAAGGUCGUAGCGAGUGUAGGUGAUAAAACAACAUAUAACUAUGGAUGCGAUGGGACGAAAAUGUGCACUAAGAAUGGUUGCUACUCUGGUAUUGGUGGAGCUCUAACCUGCUGUUGUGGAUCAGACCUCUGCAAUUCGUCCACAAAGCUCUCAGCACUCUUUGCAGUUGUUCCAAUAGCUUUAAUGAAACUAUUUGCUUUCUAA